AUGGCGGCCAUCAUAACUGAUACCAACAGACUCCCUGCAACUGCAACUCUUUGGAAAAACCUCAUUGCAGAUCGCCAUCCAGAGCUUCAGUAUCAUGAGCUGCUUCCGGCUAUUCCUAUGAGCUCGGCAUUUAAAAUGACUUUUGAUCAAUUUCUUUUGCUUCGAGUGAUCUGGAAGCAGGCAAAAUCGCCCGCGGACCUGUGGCAAGAGUGUACACGCGGUGUUUACACCACACCGGAGGUCGCGCAACAGGCAAAGGACUUUCUUUCCAGGGUCCAGUCCUGGAAACAGUACUUGGAUAUGAUCGGGAACAACACACCGUUUAAGAAAACAUCAAGGGUCCCUAAGGAAAGGCCUCCUAUGGAUGUGGCUGUUACUAAUUUUCCUGAGAGGCCGCAAGUCUUUGCAACCGCUCUUCAUCAACAACGAUGCUGCGAGAAAUUAAGAACACCAUUAGAUGAGGACAACCUGACUUCAAAAGUCGAUGUUGCUACGGCACCCCCGCCGCAAUCCGUUUCCGCUUCAAUGGCUGCCCUGUCCAUUAAUCCACAAACCCCAACUCGCAAACAGGUCGACGACACAGAUCUCGCUGACGACUUUGACUUCUACGUGAGCCAGACUCCUGGGACAGGGUACACCGAUCGGCUAAUAAACCUUUCGCCAGUGGCUCCCAUCUCCAAUGAGGAAGCUAUUAACUACGCGGCAGUGGAGGAUGAACAGGUCGUGAACAGUGCCCUCAUUUCAUUCCUGCAAUCAAUCACCCUAUAUCAUCCGUAUGUACAGGGAGAAUGGGACUACUUCCGCCACCCAUUUGUUAUGAAAAGCAACCUCAAUGCAAAGAUUUACGAGGCUCGAGUGGAUGGACUUUUCAGAACCUAUGGCUCUUCAAACCCGCGAAUGAUCGUCGAGGUCAAACCAUUUCUACGCUACCUGUCAUUUCCUGUUUUGGAUAAGAUUCGCAUCCAAGAAGGUGCUCAAAUGGCGUCCUGGAUUGCCCAGCACCCCCCCGUCAGCAAAGAUCGCAAGACGGUGUUUCGGCGUUUACUCAUAUCUCAGGAUCAAAACGAAAUUUACAUCACUGUUGCCUCUUUCCGCUCCUCAUACAUCAAUUUUGUCCAAGGCCUGGGUACAGGAGACACUUUCCUCGAAAUGGAAGAAUUUGGGCCAUUUUCUCUUCAGGACCCUGGUUUAAUGGAGGCUCUUAGCCUUACAAUGCUUGCCUUUCCCCUAGAGGGUGGUAUUUUAUCGAGUGACCUAAAGGUAUGGUAG